AUGAAAUCAAAGACAUUUCAGCCGUCCAGGAAAUCCAAGGCAAAAGACACACAGCCCGACUCUGCCGAAAGUCUCUACAUCCGGGCAACCGAGGAGGAAGAGUUUGGUGACAGAUGGCUGGGCUCAGACCUGGCCAAGGCUUUGAGGUUCUACCAGAGGGCAUACUCCCUGUACCUCGAAUCGCUGCAAUUGCAGACGGACUACUUGGACUCGAGAUACAACGUGUCGCGGCUCCUAUUUUUCGUGUACGACAGGUACGUUAAGAACGACGCUGUUGUUCUGGACGAGCUGGAAAACUGCUCAGAGGCGCUGACAGGCACGGCCAGCAGCGUGGUGAGACCGCUGCGAGAAGUCAUCCAGGUGUUCCAGGAGUCGAUCCAGAUUGCACAGGCGGCAGAGGACUUUCCGUGGGACCUAUACUACAACGCCGUGCUCUGCUACUUCGAGUACAUGGAGGAGCUGGUGAAAGAUGGAGAUCAUUUCGGAGAGCUCGUAUCCUGUGGCGAAAAGUGCGUGGAACUGCUGAGAAUGGUGCUUGAGCACCAGAUGAGGGAGCUGGCUGCACUUUCGAGUCCCGAGGAAACGCCUGUCUCCGCCAAAGAGCACGAAUACGAAACACAGCAAGAGGCAAUAGUCCCGCCCACCGUUCUCGAGACCUGCGUCACAGGGUACAAAAUCAUUGCGACAGCGUAUGAAGGGGCCGUUUCUGAGUAUGAAAGAGGGCUGGUGGAGCUCAGGUUCGCAAACGCCGCGCAAGAACUCGACGGACUGGUGUCUACUCUCGUCGACCAAUACUCUGCUCCGGCCGAGGACUUCGUUCCGCCGUUGUCCUCUGCAGACCUUGAGCAGCUUCAGGUCGCAAAGCUGUGCUACGAGGCUGCAAAAGCCGACAGCUUUGACACGCUAUUCGAUCUUUGGCGUGGCGCAAAGUCGGUAGAGACGCUUCUUCUCGAAAAUGAGUCCUACAGAACUCUCCUCGCGAAAAAGGACGAUAUGCCUGCUGCCACGCGCUGGCAAGUGCUCUCGUCCAUCAGCAAUCGCUAUAAGGAGGCGUUCGAGCUCCUGAGGCAGGAGUACGAUCAGCUGAAGAGAGCUGCUACCAAUUUGCAGCUAGGGAGCAAGAUCGCCCAGAUGUGCUCCAUUUUGAUUGAGAGAGCAGAUGUGGACCUGGAGCGGUCGCAGACAGCUACGCUGGAGGAAAAGACGCGCGGUAUUCUUGCCACAAAUGCUAACAAGCUGCUGAGGAAUGCAAUUACGUACUCGCAGCAGUCAGGUGGCCUGAGAGAGAGCAUGCUCGAGAAACUUGCUAGGAGGAAGAAAUUGAAGGAGGCUUCCACGCGGCUGUGCAUUUUGGAGGGUAAGACCUCAACCGAGGAGCUGGACAAGAUAGUAGGGCGGGCAUUCUGGCCUCAGGAGCUACAUGAGCUAAAGGAACUGGGGAUAUAUAAGGUGGAUUGGCAGGGAUAG